UACGAGAUCAACUACUUCGGCAAGCCCUACAUCAUCAAGCACAAGCAGUCCGCCGCCCUCAACGUCUUCACCCAGAAACCGGUUGUUGUCGACGAGUACGCCGCCCCCGCUUUCUACGAGAAGGAAGCCCCUGCCGCCGUCAUUGUUGAAGAGGUCUGCCCCCCGGCUCCCUGCGCCGAGCCCGCUUACCCACAACCAUGCUACUAGAACCCAAAACCUGAGCUUAACAGUCAGGGAUACUAAAUCCUUGCUGAGAUUGUUUUUCUUCGUAAAAGCAGAAAAAUACAGAACUAUUCUCAGGAAAAUUA